CAAGCAGCACGCAAUUUUGGACGCGCUGCGUGGUUUCAGAGUCGGCUGUAACUUGUCUCACUUUGUAAUCAUCAGGAAAAGUUCCUGAUGCCAGUCUUCCAAACGCUCAAUGAAAUUAAUAAAAAACAGCACCGCAGCAGAGGCUGAGAUGCAACGACAAAAGUUGUCGUAAUUAUUAAUAAUACCUAACCCUGGAUUACUCCCCUGAAAGAUCUGUAUCUUUGCAGCAGGCGCAAUUCAGUUUGGUUUCACCCAAAACAAAAAUGGUCUCCGUCGGAGUCCAUUUCCUGUGCGGACCAAUCAGAAUAUCGAAUACAGGGCACGGGGCCCGCACUUCCGCCCGGUCUUCCUGGUCUCUCUAAUCGGGCCAGUGCGCCUCCGACUCGGAACGACUUCCGCGGCAGGGGCGGCGAGGGCCGGGGGCGGCGGGCGGGAUGAGUGCGGUGUGCGGCGGACCGGCGCGGACGCUGCGGGUGCCGGGACGCCACGGCUACGCCGCCGAGUUCUCCCCGUACCUGCCGGGCCGCCUGGCCUGCGCCACCGCGCAGCACUACGGCAUCGCGGGCUGUGGAACCCUACUAAUACUGGAUCCAGAUGAAUCUGGGCUAAGGCUUUUUAGAAGCUUUGACUGGAAUGAUGGUUUGUUUGAUGUGACCUGGAGUGAGAACAAUGAACACGUCCUCAUCACCUGUAGUGGCGAUGGCUCGCUGCAGCUCUGGGACACUGCCAAAGCUGCGGGGCCACUGCAAGUCUAUAAAGAACACACUCAGGAGGUGUAUAGUGUUGAUUGGAGCCAAACCAGAGGUGAACAGCUUGUGGUGUCUGGCUCAUGGGAUCAAACUGUCAAAUUGUGGGAUCCAACUGUUGGAAAGUCUCUGUGCACCUUUAGAGGCCAUGAAAGUAUUAUUUAUAGCACAAUCUGGUCUCCCCACAUCCCUGGUUGUUUUGCUUCAGCCUCAGGUGAUCAGACUCUGAGAAUAUGGGAUGUGAAGGCAGCAGGAGUCAGAAUCGUGAUUCCCGCACAUCAGGCAGAAAUCUUGAGUUGUGACUGGUGUAAAUACAGUGAGAAUUUGCUGGUGACAGGUGCGGUUGACUGUAGUUUGAGAGGCUGGGACUUAAGGAAUGUACGACAACCAGUGUUUGAACUUCUUGGUCAUACCUAUGCUAUUAGGAGGGUGAAAUUUUCGCCGUUUCAUGCUUCUGUGCUGGCCUCUUGCUCGUAUGAUUUUACUGUAAGAUUCUGGAACUUUUCAAAGCCUGACUUUCUCCUUGAAACAGUGGAGCAUCAUACAGAGUUUACUUGUGGUUUAGACUUCAGUCUUCAGAGCCCCACUCAGGUGGCUGACUGUUCUUGGGAUGAAACAAUAAAGAUCUAUGACCCUGCUUGUCUUACUAUUCCUGCUUGAGAUACACUACUCUGGUCAGAAACAGAGGAUGUUGGCUGAAGAACUGCCUAACAGCAAAUAAAUUAACUAUGGAAAACAUAGACAUUAUGCUUUUAUAUGCUAUUCAGAUUUCAAAUCUUUCCAGUUUAUCAGUUUUGAGGGAGCUGAUAAAGGCUUUGGCUCACUCAUUAAGCCUGAUACAUAAGCCAUAUUUCUUAAAAUUCUAAGAAAUAAUUAAUAUUAUGGUGUAUCUUAUAAUAUCUAUUAAAAUGUAGUCUCUGGGUCAUAAAAUGGAUUAAAAUAUGGGAUCUCAGUAGGUUAUACUUGUAUAGAUAGUGAUAUAUUUCAUUUUUAAUUUGUCAUUUUUGAUGUAAAAUACAAUCACUGUUGUGAUAAAUAAACUAUAUCUGUUGAUCAUUUAUCAUUUUA